CUGUACGCGGCCUGCGCUCAGCGCUCUGCCUCUGCGCCUCUAGGAUGCCUCCGCCAGGCAACGAAUAUGCCGCCGAGCAGCUGAAGAAUGCCGGCAACAAGUGCUUCAAGAACGCCGACUAUGAAGAGGCCGAGCGGCUGUACUCGCAGGCCAUCCAGAAGAACUCGAGCAACCCGCUGCUGUUCACCAACCGCGCCAAUGCCCGCCUGAAGCUGGAAAAAUGGGAGGCCGUCAUCGACGACUGCAUCCGCAGCAUCGAGCUGCUCAAGGACAACAUGAAGGCCUUCUUCUACCUGGCACAGGCCCAGCUCAGCAUCAACCACCCGAACGAAGCCCUCUCGAGCGCCCUCAUGGCCUACGAGCUGUGCACCACCUCGGCCCAGCACACCUCCAACGCCGCCACCAUCUCUGCCCUCGUCCUCAAGUGCAAAAAGGCCAAGUGGGACAUCCGUGAGCGCGAGCGAAUCCGGCGGCGCGGCGACUUGUUAUCCGACCUGGAAGCCAUGCUGGAGACCGAAUGCAAGCGUGACAUGGAUGAAAUAGACGCUCGCAUUGAGAGCGGUGACGUCGGCCGGAUAGACGGCCAGGAAGAGAAGCAGGAGCGCAAGGCCGAGUUUGAAAAGAAGCGCGACGACCUCCGGACUGCAUUCGCCAUCAGUGACCCGGAGCAUCACCAGAAACGUGAAGUCCCAGACUAUCUCACUGAUCCCGUGACUUUCGAGCUUAUGUCCGACCCGGUGGUGACAAAGAAUGGCCGCUCGUACGAGCGCGCGACUCUCAUUGAGCAUCUAAAGCGCAGUCCAACGGACCCACUAACGAGAGAGACGUUGAACAUUGCUGACCUGAGGCCGAACAUCGCACUCAGGGAGGCCUGCAUCGAAUUCACGGAGCAGAAUAGCGGUUGGGUUUAUGAAUGGUGAGCCAGCUCAUUUGCUUCGGCCCCUUGUCAGUGAGAAGGGCGAAGUCGAUCGAGACGCGCGAUGGGCCCACCUCUCGAGUACAUAGAGGACGAGACAGUUUGCAUAUGCACGGCUGGAGUUUACCCCUCUUGAAUUGCGCGCGCUAUCACUUUCCUGCUAGUACUUCCAAUAUACCCACUCAUCCUUUAA